GCUGCACUGCUGUUUGCUGGUUGUUGCUUGCUGAAUCACCUCACGCUCACCCACUACCAUGGCCGAUGACUUUUCGCUGGACGAUGCUUUAAAUACGCAGAGCACUGCAAACCCCCAGCAGUCCCAGGAUCCAGGCCAGCCACAGCAACAGCCCUGGGCAUGGGGCAACCCUGCACCAGGCCAGUAUCCAGGUUAUCCAGGAGCUCCACCAGGUCAGUAUCCAGGUUAUCCUGGUGCUGCACCAGGAGGCCAACAAUAUCCAGGGUUCCCAGGACCCUACCCUGGCCAGCAAUAUCCCGGUUUCCCAGGCCAAGGGUUCCCAGGUUUCCCUGCACCAGGCCAGGGUUACCCAGGAAUUCCUGCGCAAGAUCCACAAAAAGCUGGAGUUCCAGGACAGCCAGAACCUCCUAAACCAUCUGCUCCAGUUCAGCUGAAAGUUCCGUAUGACCUUCCUCUGCCCUCUGGGGUUGUACCCCGUCUAAUGAUCACAAUUCAAGGCACAGUUAACCCAAAUCCAAAGAGGUUUGCUGUGGACUUCAAAAGAGGUCAGGAUAUUGCCUUGCACAUCAACCCACGUUUUGAUGAAAGACCCAAUAUUAUUGUGCGCAAUUCAAUGAUCGGUAACCGAUGGGGUCCAGAAGAGCGAAAAGCUCCAAAGUUUCCAUUUGUUGCAGGCCAGCCUUUUAAGAUCCAAGUUCUGUGUGAAGCCGAUCAUUACAAAGUGGGUAUCAAUAACGAAAACCUCUUCCAGUAUGCCUACAGGGUGAGGGAACUACAUGAAAUCAGGAGUGUGUGUAUCGGCGGUGAUGUUACUUUAACCGAUGCUAAUGUUACCAUGGUCUGAGGAUUCACGGUGUGGGAGAAACGGUUAAUGAAUUUUGUAGAGAAAUCCUUUGUUACUGGCUUAGACUUUGUGCCAAACUGUUAAUUCAAUCAACAAACUCUUGUACUUUUCUUACAGUAAUAUUCAUUAUUUGUGUCUGGGUGGUUCUUAACUGGAAAAUAAAAAAUACAUUGUGGUA